AUGCCAAUCCCUCAGCAUCUCUUGGACAGCAUGCGCAGGGGCCACAGGCAGGAGUGGGAGGCUUCUGGCGAGGGUCCGGACGAGCUCAUCCAGGGAGUAGUGAAGGUGGUGCAGCUGGACCAUCGCGCUUUGGCCCAGGCGGGACUCUUCAGAAGGGGCCUGGGCUCCAGAAGGGCCCCCUCUCUGAGCUCCAGGCCCCCCCUCCCCUCCUUCCUCUCUCUGGGGCGUCCGGGUCCAGCUGUGGCCCCAAAGCUCUCCAUGCCUCCACUGAAGCACCAGCAGGCCAGGGCCUCGUCCAGCGACAUCAGGAGGAGGCAGGGGCUGCAGAUGUGGCAGAAGGUGGUUGACAAAGGAAACAAGCAGAAAGUGAUUCUUCCGAGCGCUCUAAAGGACUCCAAACAGACCUGUGCUGCCGUCUCUUUUACUCAGAGAGUGACCUCGGAGGGGUGCGAGACCGUGACCGUCCAUAACAAACUGUGCUUCGGCCAGUGCAGCUCCAUGUUCAUCCCGGAGGUGGAGUUCUCCUCUCAUCACCAGAGGACCCCCUGCUCCCGCUGCGCCCCGUCCAAAGUGCACACGCUCACUGUCCCACUGCGCUGCGGAGCUCUGGGGGUCCGCGACAAGAGGGUGAUGCUGGUGGAGGAGUGCAAAUGUGAAACAGGACGAGAUGAGAGGGCCGCUGUAGGGGCCGGACCACAUCUGUGA